UUGGCCGUGUUGCCUGGUUUCAGGAUCCCGGAAGCGGAUCUGACAGAUUCUGCUGCUGUGGCUGCCCUACUCCAGGGCAGUAGUAGUGAUGAUGAUGGCGGCGGGCGGAGGGGCAGAGGAGCUGGAGGCCCGGGAGAGGCUGGCCUUGUGGGAUCGGAGGUCCGAGCCGCUGGCCCCGCUGACCGAGAGGCAGACAGACUCUGUGCUGGAGCUGAAAGCAGCCGCCGAGGAGCUGCCCAUUCCUGCAGAGCUCCCCAUAGAAGACUUGUGCAGCUUGAACUCCACUUCAUUGACUGUGAGCUUAUCAGGAGCUGUUCUAGAGUCUACUGAAGGCAUCUUACAGCAAGGAUUCUCGGCACUUGGCAUGGAGGAUGAUCGAAUUGAAACUGCGCAGCAAUUUUUUUCUUGGUUUGCCCAGUUACAGACUCACAUGGAUCAGGAUGAAGGCGCAAAGUACAGGGAAAUGAGGGAAUACCUGUCUGGGUUCCAGGAUCAGUGUGACGCCAUAUUGAAUGAUGUGAAUGUUGCGCUGCAGCAUUUGGAGUCCCUACAGAAACAGUACUUAUUUGUAUCCACAAAAACGGGAACACUGCACGAAGCCUGUGAACAGCUUCUAAAGGAACAGUCUGAACUUGUCAACCUUGCAGAAAGCAUCCAACAGAAACUUUCGUACUUUAAUGAACUAGAAAAUAUUAAUACGAAGUUGAAUUCCCCCACGUUAUCUGUGAAUACUGAAGGAUUUAUACCCAUGCUCUCAAAGCUUGAUGACUGCAUAUCUUACAUCUCCACUCAUCCGAACUAUAAAGAUUAUCCGGUUUACAUGGCGAAGGUUAAGCAGUGUCUUUCUAAAGCUAUGCACCUUAUGAAGACGUACACGGUGAACACACUACAGAACCUCACAAAUCAACUCAUGAAACGGGUACGUCAGGAUCCAUCAACAGCACCACAUUCUGACAACGCGUUUACGUUAUUUUAUGUCAAGUUUAGGGGAGCAGCUCCAAAGGUCAGGACUCUUAUUGAACAAAUGGAGCAGCGAUCAGAGAAGUUACCAGAGUAUCAGCUACUUCUUGGUGAAAUACAUCAGUGCUAUCUAGAACAGCGGGAGAACCUUCUUAGUCCAAGUAUCACCACCACAAUUACAGAUCUCACCAGCCACAACAACAGGGAUCACUGUGCACUGGUGCGGAGUGGUUGCGCAUUCAUGGUCCAUGUAUGUCAAGAUGAAUAUCAACUUUACAAUGAAUUUUUCACCAAACCAACACCAAAAUUGGAUGAACUUUUGGAGAAACUGUGUCUGUCUCUGUACGAUGUGUUACGGCCGCUCAUCAUUCACGUGGUUCACUUGGAAACCCUCUCUGAACUUUGUGGUAUAUUGAAAAUUGAGAUGCUUGAAGAUCAUGUGCAAAAUAGCGUUGACCAGCUUGGUGCCUUUGAUGCUGUGGUGAAGCAAAUGCUAGAAGAUGUACAAGAGAGGCUUGUCUACCGGACACACAUUUACAUUCAGACUGAUAUCCUAGGGUAUAAACCUGCGCCGGGGGAUCUGGCAUAUCCUGACAAGCUGGAGAUGAUGGAGCAAAUUGCACAGAGUCUGAAGGAUGAACAAAAGAGGUUGCAGUCUCCCGAUGCCUCAUUUUCUGAUGUCCAUCUGGUGGAUACAGAAGCUGACAAUCUAAUCAAAAGUGGCUCAUCAGAAUCUUUAGGUCUUAGAGCACAGAAUACAAUUUCACCAGCUGAUCUGCACGGCAUGUGGUACCCAACAGUAAGAAGGACCUUGGUGUGUCUCUCCAAGUUGUACAGGUGCAUUGAUAGGGCAGUGUUUCAAGGUCUGUCUCAAGAGGCUCUGUCAGCAUGUAUUCAGUCCUUGUUGGGUGCUUCAGAUGCCAUUGCGAAAAACAAGACGCAGGUUGACGGACAGCUGUUCCUGAUCAAACAUCUCCUUACCAUGCGAGAGCAGAUUGCCCCUUUUCAUACUGAUUUCACCAUAAAGGAAAUUUCCCUGGACCUCAAGAAAACGAGAGACGCCGCAUUUAAAAUUCUUCACCCGAAGACCGUUUCCCACUUUUUCAGGCUGAACAGCAGUAACGCCUUCCUUGAGUUCUUACUGCAGGGAACGCCAGAAAUAAAAGAACAUUACAUUGACUCGAAGAAAGACGUUGACCGAUACCUCAAGGCGGCUUGUGAGCAGUUCAUUCAGCAGCAGAGCAAGAUCUUUGUGGAACCAUUAGAGGAUUUCAUGGCAAAGGUGACUGCAUUGAAGACCAUGGCUAAUCAAGGUGGCCCCAAAUACAGCCUAUCCCAACAGCCGUGGGCGCAGCCAGUAAAGAUUAAUGACCUGGUGGCUUCCACCUACAAGACCAUAAAAACCAAACUGCCGGUGACGCUGAGGAGCAUGUCAGUUUACCUUGCUAACAAAGACACAGAAUUCAUUCUCUUCAAGCCAGUCCGGAGCAACAUUCAGCAAGUCUUCCAGAAGAUCCACCUGCUGUUGAAAGAAGAAUUCAGCAGCGAGGAUUUACAGAUCAUCGCGUGUCCUUCGAUGGAACAGGUCAAUCUAUUGCUCUCGAUGUCUAAAUAGCUGAAGAUUGCUAAACUUUUCCCAUUUGUCUGGAUGCUCCUGGGAGAAAUGAAGCAGAAAGGCAGAAGUGAUGUCCUGCAGGACGGCGCAGGUUAUUGCAGAGAGACAUGCAUCUGAAAGGAAAGCCGAUGAAUCCAGUGUACCAAAGCACUUCUGUUCUCUAAAAUGCGCUUAGUUGUUCACAUUGAAGUUCUUCUCCUGCCGGUCAGUCUGAGGUUCCACAAAAGUUACCCCAGGAAACGGAGCCUCGGGUACACAGACCCCACAUAAGAGGCCAUUGCUCCGCUUGUAUCCCCAUAAAUUGACCUUUUUAAAAUGAUGCGUAAAUUAAUGUUUGAAUUUAUUUAAAACUUUGUUUUAAUAUUGAUUAAAAUAAGAUCUAUACUGUGUAUGUAUGUAUGUA